AUGGAGGCAUGGGUCAUCGUCCUCGUCUCUCUCUUUCUCUGCCUUUUCUUGAAGCCAUUUCUCACUCUUCUCUUUCCCUCACUACUGUUCAAUAAAUCUCAUCGUCUUCCUCCGGGUCCUCUUCCAAUUCUCGGAACUCUGCUAUUUCUUUCCGUAUCUUUGAAGAAACUCGAGCCUCUUGUUCUUCGUCUUCAUGCCAAGUACGGCCCCAUCAUUACCUUCCCCGUCGGCUUCUUUCCUGCUAUUUUCAUCGCCGACGGAUCCCUCGCCUACCAAGCCCUUGUUCAAAACGGCGCAGUCUUCAGUGACCGUCCCGAUGCCCUGGCCACUGGCAAGAUCAUCAACGCUCACCAACACAACAUCACCUCCUCCCGCUACGGCCCAACCUGGCGUGCCCUCCGCCUUAACCUCACCUCCGAGAUCCUCCACCCGGCCCGGAUCAAAUCCUUCUGCAGCACUCGGAGGUGGGUGGCCGACAUGCUCGUUCAAAACCUUAGGGCUCAUCAUGAUUCCUCCGAUCGCAUCAAACUCAGGGACCAUAUUCAGCACGCGAUCUUCAGCUUGUUAGCUUUCAUGUGUUUCGGUGAGAAGCUAUCCGACAAGCAAAUCGACGAGAUGGAACAUGUUCAGCGUACUAUUCUUUCGAGGUACAACAGAUUCGUCAUGCUGAAUUUCUGGCCAAGAAUGUCCAAGAUACUGCUGCGAAGGCGAUGGGAUGAGUUCAUGCAACUACGGAAGAACCAGGCCGACGUGAUGGUUCCUCUGAUCAGAGCGAGAAAGAGAGUCAAGGAAGAGAGACUGAGCAAAGCCAAAGAGGUUCAUAAAGGCGAAGUCGUAUACGUGGAUACUCUGCUGGAUUUAGAGUGGCCUGAGGAGAAGCGAAAGCUUGAAGAAGACGAAAUCGUCAAUUUGAUUUCGGAGUUUCUGACUGCUGGAACAGACACCACAGCCACAUCACUGGAAUGGAUCAUGGCCAACUUGGUGAAGUACCCGCAGCUCCAACAGCGCCUCUACGACGAAAUCAAAUCUGUGAUGGGAGACUCAAAGGAAAGGAUGGUGAAUGAAGCUUAUUUAGGCAAGCUUCCGUAUCUGAAGGCCGUGAUCCUGGAGGGCUUGAGGCGUCACCCUCCCGGUCGAGUUCUGAUCCCACACUCUGUGACGAAGGACGUGGUUCUGAAUGAUCACCUGGUGCCCAAGAACGGAACUGUGAAUUUCAUGGUGGCCCAAAUGGGUUGGGAUCCGAAGGUGUGGGAGGACCCAAUGGAGUUCAAGCCAGAGAGAUUCCUGAACAGCGAGAAGAAUGAGGUGGAGGCGUUUGAUUUCACAGGGACGAAGGAGAUAAAGAUGAUGCCGUUUGGAGCGGGAAGGAGGAUGUGCCCAGGAAACAACUUGGCCAUACUUCAUAUGGAAUAUUUUGUGGCCAAUCUGAUUUGGAAUUUCGAGUGGAAAUCCCCAGACGGAGAUGUUGAUUUGUCUGAGAAACAGGAAUUCACUAUGAUGAUGAAAACUCCAUUGCUCGUCUCUCUAUCCCCAAGAUUUUAGGACCCGGUAGGUUUUCUGCAAAUCACCAUAUAAAGUAUGAACACCAUGCAUUUUGAUUUUUAGAUCAU